AUGUAUCCUGCUAUCGUGACGAUUUUUGGACCACCGCCGCAGGAAAUUGACCUACAGGAGUCAACGACGGCGUACGACAACAGCGUUGUCAUCUCGCUCAGCGUAAUGGCAGUGCUAGCGGUAAUUGUUCGAAUCUGGGCUCGGAGGAUCAAGAACGCGCCCCUUGGCCUCGACGAUGUGUUCAUCUUUGCCGCCCUUCUUCUUGAACUGGUCACCAUGGUGCUCACUAUCCUGGGCGGAAAGCAAGGUAGCGGGAACCACGUAUGGGUAAUCAGCACAACGCAGCUGCAGACCAUAUUCAAGAUCCUGUACGGCUAUACCUUCAUAUACGGUACUGCUGCCGCGGCUCUCAAGCUAUCUUUCGUUUUCUACUUUGCUCGGAUCUUCCAUACGGGUAGCAUGGGCUGCAUCUUCGCCUGCAAAGAUUACAUCAGCGUCGCACUGUUGGUCGGCGGUGUGCUAGCUUGGGCUUACCCACUUAUGAUCUGGACCGUCAUGCUCGGAGCCUGCAAACCGAUCCAUUACUUCUGGGACCAGUAUACAGAUCCGCAUGGCGGAUCUUGCGUCGACACCACGCUAUUCUUCCCGAUCGCAGGGAUCAUCAAUCUGCUCAUCGACUUCAUCAUCCUCUGCAUUCCGAUCCCAUGCAACAUGAGGUUACAGAUCAAACGGCCUGAGAAGUUCAUGAUCAUUUGCAUAUUCAUGCUCGGCGGCUUGUACGUAUAUAUCAUUCUUGGUUGA